AUGCACACCGAGGACGAGUUUCGUUCCGAGGAUGCACAGUCAGGCGCCGCUGAGAGUUCUGACGAGGAGGAUGACCAACCGUUGGCACUGACGAACAUUCGUCGCAGAAGAGGCCAGGCUAACCUCCAGGGCCGCGAUCUUGGCGCUGAAAUCAAGAUCAGAAGGGGUAUGUCGAGAAAGGAUCGUGAGCGACUGAAGCUGGAAAAGGCACAUCCUCAGAUCAAAACCAUGUGGCAGGAUCUUGAGGCCAUUCCCAUCAUCAAGGGCGUCGCUGGCGUGCAACCACCUUCGAUCAACCGCAAGCUCAAGUCGUACCAGCUCGAAGGUGUCGAUUGGAUGAUCAAACAGGAGCAGUCCAACUACAAGGGAGGCCUUCUGGGUGAUGAGAUGGGCAUGGGAAAGACAAUCCAGGCCGUCUCUCUCAUUAUGUCCGACUACCCUCAAAAACAGCCGACUUUGGUUCUGGUUCCUCCAGUCGCUCUGAUGCAAUGGUCCCAGGAAAUUGGCGAGUACACUGAUGGAAAGCUCAAGGUCCUUGUAUACCACGGCACCAAUGCCAAGUCCAAGAACAUGACGGUUGGUGAGCUCAAGAAGUACGAUGUCAUCAUGAUCUCGUACAAUAGUCUUGAGUCUUUGCAUCGCAAGGAGAUCAAGGGAUGGACCCGCAACGGAGAUAUUGUCAAGGAGGCAUCACCCAUCCACGCUCUGACUUACCAUCGUUUGAUCUUGGAUGAAGCACACAGCAUCAAGACCAGAACCACCCAAGUCGCAAAAGCUUGCUUCGCACUCAAGGGCAAGUACAAGUGGUGUCUUUCUGGCACACCCGUGCAGAACAGAAUUGGCGAGUUCUUCUCUCUCCUUCGCUUCCUGGAGGUCAGACCUUUCGCAGACUACUUCUGCAAGAAGUGUCCCUGCUCUCUCCUGCACUGGUCUUUGGACGCUCAGCACAUGUGUACCGAAUGCAAGCAUACCGGCAUGGAGCACGUCUCCGUCUUCAACCAGGAGCUGCUCAACCCGAUUACUCAAUCCGAGGACUCGCAGCUGCGCUCAGAAGCCAUGGACAAGCUCUUCCUCAUCACAUCUCGUAUCAUGCUCCGCCGUAUGAAGCGCGAUUAUGUCAGCUCCAUGGAGCUUCCACCCAAGGAGGUCAUCGUGCACAACGAGUUCUUUGGAGAUAUCGAGCGCGACUUCUCUCAGAGCAUCAUGUCCAAUACUGCUCGCCAGUUUGAUACUUACGUCUCACGUGGUGUCAUGCUGAACAACUACGCCAACAUCUUCGGUCUCAUCAUGCAGAUGCGCCAAGUAUCCAACCAUCCAGACCUGAUCCUCAAGAGAAAGGCUGCCGAAGGUAUGAACGUGCUGGUCUGCAACAUUUGCGACGAGCCCGCCGAGGAACCUAUCCGUUCCAAGUGCAAGCACGACUUCUGCAGAACCUGCGUCAAGAACUACGCUCAGACGGUGGAGGAGGGUGCUGAUGAUGUCGACUGUCCUCGCUGCCACAUCCCGCUCUCGAUCGACUUCGAUAUGCCUGAGCUUGAGCAGAAUGAGGAGGCUGUCAAGAAGAACUCGAUCAUCAACCGCAUCAAGAUGGAGAACUGGACUUCGUCGACCAAGAUUGAGAUGCUCGUCUACGACCUUUACAAGCUCCGCAGCAAGAAGCAGACGCUGAAGUCGAUCGUCUUCUCGCAGUUCACAUCCAUGUUGCAGCUUAUUGAAUGGCGUCUUCGUCGUGCAGGUUUCAACACUGUGAUGCUUGACGGCAGCAUGACACCUCAGCAGCGCCAGAAGUCGAUCGAACACUUCAUGACGGACCCUGAUGUCGAGGUGUUCCUUGUGUCUCUCAAGGCUGGUGGUGUUGCUCUCAACCUGACUGAGGCUUCGCGUGUCUUUAUCGUUGAUCCUUGGUGGAACCCUGCGGCUGAAUGGCAGAGCGCAGACCGCUGCCACCGUAUCGGUCAGAGACGUCCUUGUGUCAUUACUCGACUUUGUAUCGAAGACUCGGUCGAAUCUCGUAUUGUCAUGUUGCAAGAGAAAAAGGCCAACAUGAUCAACGGCACGAUCAACAACGACAGGGUGGCUAUGGAGAAGCUUACGCCUGAGGACAUGCAGUUCUUGUUUCGUGGCAAUUAG